CGGCCACUUGAAAACUUUUAUUCCAGGUGGCCGCGUAACAGAGGAACCACAGCGCCCGGUCAACAGUCAGUUAAAUAAAGUCACCAACCCCGGGCCCCACAUUCACCUACCUGGCUCCUCAAUCCCACACCCAUAAUAAAACCCAAAUAAUGUCCCUCCCAACAAAAUUACUAAUCAUCUUUUUUAUUCUUGAGACCAUCUCAAGAUGAAUAAAUUUACAGUACAAGUGAUUGUCAAGGCUGCAACACUUGUAAUAUUAUCAUUAACGGCGGAGUUCACGGCGGCGCAAAGCUCAGGUGAGACACCAACAUGCGCGUCAAAGCUAGUGGCGUGUGUGGACUACUUGAACGCCACCACAACGCCGCCAUCAAGCUGCUGUAAUCCAUUGAAAGAAGCUGUGACUAAUGAAAAAACAUGUCUUUGCGAUAUUUACAGCAACCCAUCUUUAAUUCAGGCUUUUCAUAUUAAUCUCACUCAAGCUCUUAAUCUUCCUAAGCUUUGUCGUAUUGAUACCGGCAAAUCUUCCAAUAUUUGUAACGGUACUACGGCUUCUCCACCUAAAUCUUCAAGCACUUUAGGAAGCGGUUCUCCAGGCAAUGCAUUUAACAGGAUUACAGGAACUGGAUUCGCAGCCAGCUUACUUGUGUUCAUGGCGUAUUCGAUGUUUUAUUAGAUGGUUUUUGCAAGUCUUGUAUAAUACAGUAUAUAUGAUCCCAUGUUUUAUUAGUUUUUGCAAGUCUUACAUUUUGUUUGGUAUACUUUCGGUAUGAGGUCGUUUGGUAUUUAUUUGCUAGGAUUCUUUUGGUACUGCGGCUGAUUGUUUGUUGUUGCUCGUCAACUAAUAGAGAAGAAGUUGGCCAUGUAGUCAAAAGCCUUAAAAAACUCCACAUCGUAACUUUUUAGUUGUACUUAGCAAGACAUCAAGCUAUGUUUUUAGCUGUUUGAUCAAUCAAAAAGUAGAAAGUCAAAAGUCAAUGAAAAGUCAGUUGUCAAACACACCAUAAAAGACACAAUCUCUACUAAGGAGUACGACACAUUGGGGUAGGGGGAUCCCAUUGCCACCGCUACCAUUUUCAAGACGUCUAGUUUGCGUUUCAUAAUAGGUAACAAUGCAAUAAAUACGUG